AUGGCCGGAUACGCCUCCCACCACUCGGACGACGACUUCGACCUCGACGACGAAUACUUUGCCCGCACCUACCGUCCGCUGUCGAACUUGCCCACCCCCCCGCCCUCGUCACGCGACUCUUCGGCUAUCCAGAGCCCCAAGAGCCUCCUGGAAGAUGGAGGACUCCUCGACUCGGCCCUGCUAGGCCCAGCAGUCCAUUUGGUCAACCUUGUGCCACCAGCCGCGUCUCUAACGCUGCCGUCCGUCUCCCUUGUCCAUGAGAUGCUCACCCACGCUGACCUGCCUCUCGAUACCGUUGCGCUUGCCGUGUGCAUUCUUGAUUCACUCAGCUCCCGCUUCUCGCUCAAUUGGCGAUUGAUAUGUCCUCUAGCCCAGCGGGAACCUACAGAUGAGUCUGCGAAGCGCUACACGAUGCCGGCAAGUCCGGUUCUCGGUACCACCCAGCUGCACAUUGACUGCGUCAACCCCGAAGUCAUCAUCCUGGCAUCGCUUGUCAUUUCUGUCAAGUUUCUAGAGGACCGCCAGGAGCCCAUGCGGUACUACCGUGCGGCCUGGGGUAAGAACAUGUGGACAUGCGAGCAGAUCAAUGUCACUGAACGGUGCAUCAUGGAAGCCCUGGGCUACAGGAUUCUGCCCCUCUGGGAUCAGCGCCUAAUCGCAGACGCGAUGGGCGAUAUGGAGCGCGCUGGAAGGCAAGCUCUUCUCCCUUUGUAUGCCAGCAAUGGCAAUGUCGCACCCCACUCGCGAUCCAUGAGUACCGGCAAGGCCGUCUUCGGCUUAGGACUACAGCCAACCCCAGCGGAGACGCCAGUAUCUGAGAACUGCCCCAUGACCCAGCGAAAUCUGGUUGCUGGGGACGAUCUUAAAGCUGCCUUUAGAAGCAACAACAUCGGGGCCGCCAUCCUUACCUGCGAUUCGCUCUACCUCCCUCCUGUCCGAGCCAAGAGGAAGAAGAGCUUCUCCGCGAGACGCUGA